CCUGAGGCGGCGCCCAGCCCGAGGCCGCCACUCCUCCUUCCCGGCCCCGCGCGCUCCCGCUCGCUCGCUCGUGCACACGGCUCCGCCUUCUUCCUGCCUUCCUCCUCCUCCUCCUCCUUCUCCCGGCCGGGCUUGCUGAAGGGGACGGGCGGGCGAAGGGAGUCGCAGGAGGGACCGCAUUCGCCGGGUGGCGGACACCCCACCCCACCCCCGGCUCGAUAAGCGGUUUGUGAGAUCCAGGACACACUAAGGGAUUAUCUGCUUAAGUUUUUUUAGUCCGCAAAGGUGUGAACCAUGGCUGACUUUGACCACAACCUGAGUCUGGCGGACGCCCUGACGGAGCCGCAGCCACAGAUCGAGGAGGAAGUAAAGCGAGAUUUCAUUGCCACCCUGGAGGCGGAGAAAUUUGAAGACAAGGUUGGGGAAACGGUUGGCAAAACGGACUAUGUCCCUCUUCUCGACGACGACGACCCAAAGCCUGGGAACCAGGAAGCAAAAACCAAACCCCAUGCUGACAACGUCCCUGCGGAGCGUACGUCAGCGACUGGACCAGCUGCUGUGGUCGAGAAUGGCGACCAUGGAAUAGAAGGCACCAGGAAGGUGUCCCCAGGAAAGAUCAUGGAUGAAAAGAUGUCCUACAAGGAGUUUCUGGACCGCAAUGAUUCGUGGACAAUGGACGACAGGGCCCAUUGCUUUGAUCCACAGCCAGCAUUUAAGCCCAUGGAUGUGACAGAGCCUUUUAAGAUGCACCGCGAAGACGUCCUGUCCGACCUUCUGCUGCUUCCUCAGGAAAUGACGAAUGUGCCGCCUUUCGGGGAGUAUUUUGGAGCUUCGCAAGAAGUCCAUGCACCUUACGGAAUUGCAGGGGCGCCUGAGCAGCCCCCUCUGGGACCCCAACACCCUCCUGCAAACAUUUUUGACCCCAUGGCCUUCCUCGAUUCCGGGGCAGAGUCUCUGCUGAACCAGAACGAAGCAGCGCCUGCAGGAGAGACGGGACUUCCUGAAGAUUUCUGGUUGAGACCUCAGCACUUAGCAGAGGGACAAGGAACACCUUUCUUUGAGCCGCCAGCACCCGGCAAGAUCCUGACGAACCUUCCAGGAUGCUCCGACACAGGUCUGGUAGACGUCACAGAGCCCAAUCCACCAGAGCCAAAGCAGUCCGCGCCAGCAGCUUCUCCUGCGGUUGGAGGUCACGGGCCUGCCCCUGCGGUGGAAGAGCUGAUGGGGUUUGAACCGUCAUUUGACCAGAAAUCUCUUCCUCUCAAAGAAUCCCUGGCAGGCUCUCCAGAAGCGACGAAGGAGCAGAAAGCGAAGGCCGCAGACGCUACAGCUCCAGGUACUGGCGGUUUUCCUGUGCUGGGGAAACAGGAGGAGAGCUGGCCUUCCCCCACCCAGCACAAGGAGAAGGAAGAGACCAGCCAGUCCCAGAAGGCAGAGGAGCUCGCAAGGAAGACUCCUCCCAGCCAGAAAGUGGACGACAGCCAGCCUUUCUUCAGCCAGUGGGGAGAGGAGAAGGAGGCAAGCGCAGCAACCAAGCCUCCCACCCAGAAAAUGGAGGAAACCAAGCCCCCUCUCAUCCUCCCCAUGGAGGAAAAGGAGAGGCAGCCCCCAAGCCCGAAAGUCGAAGAGCCAAAGGCACUUCCUGCCCAGCACACAGAGAAGGUCAGCGAGGGUCUGCGCCUGCAGGAGGGGGCGAGUAAAGCGGCUCCAGCCCCCAAAGCAGAAGAUCCCCAAGCUUCUCCCAGCCAGCACUUAGAGAAGAAAGCGGAAGAGAGCAAGAUCUCUCCCAACCAGCCGGCUGCGAGCCAAGAAGGGCCUAAGACGCCUUCUUCGCCCCUCCAGCCCUGGGAGACCUUCCCUGCUCUGGAGAAGCUCGGGGAGAAGGACAAACAGCCUCCCAGCAAGCCGGCCGAGAAGCCGGAGGAGAACAAGCAUCCGCUGUCGGUUCCACCUGUGGCGCCUCAUCCGGAGCCUGCAGCAGAGUCAAAAGAACCUGUACCCCCGGGAGAGUCCAAAGCAGACGCUAAGGAGCCCUUGACUGCUCUUGUGGAAGUGGCCAAGCCAAAGGAAGCCCCUGAAGCUCGCCCUGACCAUCCUGCGGAGCUGCCCCAGGGAAAGGCCGCCCUGGAACCUGCAGGUGCGCUUCCUGCCCAAGGAAGACACGCUAACAAACCCAGCGACCACCACCGCAGGGUUGGCAGAGCGAAACCUGCCUGGCUGCCUGCGGCGGAUGCCCCGGAGGAGCUUCCUGUAGGUCUCCCGGCUGCACCCAGGAGCCACAACCAAGGAGGCGACCCCUUUUCGGCGACAGAGUGCACUGGCUUUGUCGCCGGGACGUCCCCCCGGAGCAGAGCUCCUUACAGGAAGGCAGCCGGCCAGGCGUUUGAGUUUGCAGAGGGCACGAGGGAGAGCUGGGACCUGGAAGCUUCCGCGGCACUGAAGAAGAAGAAGAAAAAGCAGAAGCAGAAGAGGGUCCAGCAGCCAAGGGGGGCAGAGAUGUGGGAGGACAGCUCCGAAAGGCCGCAAGCUCCCCUGUGUGCUCUUGAACCCCAGAAGCCCGAGGUCCCCUUUACUGAGCCCCGGAAGAGCGCUAAAGAGGUCUCGAGAGCCCCUGUGGACGUCACCGGGAAGGAUCCUUCAGUGCUUGAGAGAGAGGGCCAAAUUAUGGACAGCCUUGCCCCAGUUUCUGUAAAAGGAGAGCUGGCCCUUCCGGCUGAUAAUGUUGCAUUGGAUGCAAAAUUUGGCCAAGUGGAAGAGAUGAGGGAUGGCAGCUUGAAAUCGCCAUCUAAAAGCAGGGAGUCUCCUGAGGAGCAGCUGAAGUGCUGUGUCCAGAAGAAUCAGCCAGGAAGCCCCACCUGGCCGCAGGCCAGUCCUGUGGAAAUGGCACCCUUUGGGAAAAGCAGGACAUUGGAGGAAGGCUCAUCUGACAAGGACUCAGUCCCCAUCGUGCCCGCUUUGGAGGCCAAACCUGCGGUGGGCAAGGAAGUUGAAGUCCUGCUUACAAAACCAGCAGCUUCAGGUGAGAAGGUCGCCCCAGAGGACCUGGCUCCUUUGCAGGAGGUGCUGGUGGAGGAGCCCAAGAAGGAAGAGAAGGGCCAGCAGGGCAGAAGUCCUGGCGAGGGAGCUGCCAAAUCUCCCGCUGAAGCAAAGGCCAUGAAGCCAGCCACGGAAACGAGUUCUCCCGAUAAGAGCAAGGAGAAAUUCCCUGUUGCGCCAGAAUCGAGCCCCCCCAGGGAGUGUUCACCAGGCAACGCACAGGGGAGCAGCCCCGCAAAAGGUGCCACUCUUGAUUUUGGUUCGGCCGAAACCCCCUUUUUCUUGGAAAGCAAGUCUGAUCUGGGCAAGCCCUUCGCUCCCACCAAGACACCUGGCAGCGCUCAAGUACCUUCCACUGAGAUGGCCAAGGGAGCCAGCUCUGGCACACCAGAACAGCCAACUGGGGCACAGGCUAAGAAGAGGGGCAGUGAUGGCAGAAGCAAGCGGGUUAAGAAUCCUUCGGCGCCGCUGCUCUCCCUCUUGGAGGACCGGGCUGAUGUGGGCAAAGCUCCGGGGGUGGAGGAAGCUGUGACCCCUCCUGAAAGCAGCAUGGCAGCCAGAAGCCCCGAGGCAGCUGGCAUCUCCAUCUCAGCGGACAGCAAAGCAGCUCUUGGCUCUGCGGUGUUGCAAGAGAAACCAAAGAGGAGCAGUGAGGGGAAGAGCAGGAAAGCCAUGAAGAGAAGCUCGCUGGGGGCGUCGUUUCCUCCAGCGGCAGAGAGCGGCACUGGCCCCUCGCCUGCUGAAGUGAGCAGAGCUGACCAGAGUAAAGAAAAGAACGAUUCCAGCAAAGGAGCUGACCUCUUAGCUGCAAGCCAACUGACGGAGGCUUCUGCUGCAGAUACGGCAGAGCUCCAAUCUCCUGCUGCAACCUCCUUGAAGGAGAAGGUGCAAGGGGCUCCAACCGGCAGAAGCGAAUGGGUCGACUUCCCUUCCUCGGCAUACCCUUUCAUCUCGGAGACACCAGCCAAGGCAGGUCCUCCUGAAGCCAAGGGAGCCACCGUGCCUGGUGAGAGCAAAGGGCCCAGCUUCGCCAUUUUGGAGAGCCCCGCAUCAGCCCUGCCGGGGAGCAAGCCCAAAAAGAGGACGAGCGAUGGGAGGAGCAAAAAGUCCGGGAAGACUCCGCCAGAGCAGCCGUUUCUGCCGGAGGCGGCCUCUGACCUGAGCAAAGCUUCUGAGAAGGCUGACGGUACCACCAAAGAAUCAGGCGCUGCUGGCAGGGGUGGCGCCCCUCUGCUUGAACAGCCGGAGAGCAGUGAAGUGCAGGUUCCUGCCGCAAAAGCGGUGGGGAAAUCUGAAAGAAAGAAGGAGGAGGAGGGGAGUUUGGACACAGCCCCGAAGAAGUGUGGCGUUGAGCAGCCAGUCACUUCUGAUCCAAAAACCAGCACAGCAAAGCAGGAGCUUUUCGCUAAAGACGCAGAGAAAGGUCAGGCAGCCAGUCUAGAUCCUAGAGACAGGACAGAAUUGCCAAAAUCCCCCCAUCCCUUUACGGAGCCGGUGGCAGAAGAACCGAGGAAAAGGGAUGUAGGAGGGCAGAGCCACCAGGUUUGUGUCCAAGCCUUGGAAGCAAAGUCUGAACCUGCCAGGCUAGCUGCUGAACAUGGGGAGGUGGCUAAAAUGGAGGAGGCUCCAUCCCCGAGUAAAGUCCAAGAGAAAGACCGUCCCUUGAAGGAGGCAAGAGAGGCAGGGCAAGGUCCUGAUGCGAGCAGAACAUCCAGAGGAUCAGAGGAGGCCAAGAAUAGAAAAGACAAGCUGAGUUUGGAAUGUCCCUUUCUUUGGGGGGAAGCCAAAGGGGAGGUAGGCACGCUUUUGGGGGUCCAAAUAGAAGAUCAGCAGAAAGAGCCCCCUUCUCCACGAAGCAGCAAGGAGGGAAGUGGUGGCGGGUCUGCUCUUGCCAGUAAGCCAGACCCUGCUGCAAAAGCUGCAAAGAGGGGCAGUGACAGGAAAAGCAAAAAGGCAGCGAGUGGCCCUGACCAACCCGCCUCGCAAGCAAAGGUGGAUCCCACAAACCAAGGGCAGCAUCCCAAAUUGGCUGGCUUCCUCCAAGGCAUGGAGGAAAUGGAGUUUGUAGACGAGAACAGGAACAUCAAAAGCCUUCCCCCGGGGCAUCAAGUACACUGGGAAGAGAACAAGAUGAGCUUGUUUGGUCCCUUUGCUCCCCCCAGUGCUGGUGGUCUUGACGAAGCCCCUUCCAAAAGCCCAGGGCUGGGGUGUCCCUUUCUAGAAGACCCAGGCAAGUUCAUGAGCGAGCUGAGCAAGGAGCAGCUUUUUCUUUCCGAAAUGCUGAAGGAUGCCAGUAAAAGCGUCGGGGAGGAUCAGCCUGAGCCGAAGGAGAACGUGGCCAAGUUGGGAGGCCGCGAGGCCGCGAUAGAGGCUUCCCUUUUGCUGAAAGCGGGCGACGAAACGAGGGAGAAAAGGAAGAAGAGCAAGAGACCCCAUGCCAAGCAGGAGCUAACAGCAGGAAAGGACAAGGCGUUCAGCUCCGUCCUGGAUGAAGAUGGAAGGCAAAGCUUGGUGGAGAAGACACAAGGCUCUGGACCUGGCCCCUCAGAACUGCCAGCAGAAGAGGUGCCCAAGGAGACUGCCCUGCUGGUUGCUGGGACAGAAGGAAAUGGAUCUGUCGGAAAAGAAACCAGCACUCCUUCUGGGGAAUUGCCACCCCUUUGGGAAAACAAGAGAGAAGCAGCAGCACUCCAGGCACUGACAACGGCGCUGGUUGGUGGCAGCUCAGAGCCAGUUGAAAAAAGCAAAGGAGCUGAACCAAAGACCUCUGAACGUCCGGAUGGUUUAGGAAGUAAGGCAGGGGCAGAUAAGGUCCCAGAGGAUGUCCACGGGGAGGAAGCUGCUUCUGCUCCUAAACCAAAAGACCCAUUCAAACCUCUGAAGCUGGAUGAUGUGAAGGAGCCAGAGAUCAGCAUCCCAGCGCAGGCGGCCAGCAAAGAGGAAGAGGCACAUCUGCCAAGCCAGGCAGCCCAACCAAAGGGCGCGCAGCGUUCUGGCUCAGAAGCCGGUGAGCUGAUCCCGCAGGCGGUGGCUGACGGUGGCGACCAAGGAGCGAGAGCGACGAAGAAAGAGGAGAGGAGAGCCCGAGGCGCCGAGCAAAUGAAAGGCUACAUGAGACCCACCAAGUCGAGAGGGCUUCCUCUCCCCCCGCCGCCAUCGAGAGUCGCGGCUGUGCAAGUGCAAGGGAGGAGAAGGCCGGCGAAAGCGGACAGCCCAAAUCUACAAAGGCAAGAGAAAGCAAAACCAGAAGAGAUAAAACCAGCUGCCGAGGUCACCACAGCGAACGACAUCGCAGCCCCUCCAAGCAAGGAGCUUCCACCGAGCCCCGAUAAGAAAGCCAAGCCUUCAGCCUCCACUUCAGCAACAAAGCCUGCAGCAACAGCAGCAGCAGCGAAAACCAAGGGCGCCCCCACUGCUGCCGCUGCCCCUGCCAAGCGGCCGGCGUCCACCGCUAUGCCAGGCCAAAACAAAAAAGCCACCAGCCCUACCGCAGCCACCACCCCUAAACGCCUGGCGACGAGCGCCGCACGACCCUCCUCCUUAACUCCUAAAGAGCCCAAACUGAAGGGGACAGACGCAAAGAGCCCCGAUAAGCGGACCUCUCCUUUGAAGCCCCCAUCCGCUACAACUCCUCGGCCGGCCACAAAAAGCAGCCCAGCCACUCCCAGGCCGUCGACGGCACUUGCAAGUACAAAUGCACCAAGGAGCACAGCCACGUCCCCACCCAAGAGGCCCUCUACCAUCAAGACAGACGCAAAACCUGCCGAUGCCAAGAAGACCGUCGCAAAAUCGCCAUCAGCCGACCUCAGCCGUCCAAAGAGCGCCCCGGCCUCCACCGCUGCCAAAAGCAGCGCCACCACCCCGACCGCUGCUGCCCCCGGCCUGCCCGGAGCAGCCGCUAGCCGGCCCAAGCCAGCCACGCCCAGGCUCUCGGGGACUGGGAGCUCUGCCGCCGAGCCCAAGAAGGCGUCCACGCUCAAAACCGCACCAAAAACCAGCCCCGUCACCAAGCCUUCCCGGCCCCCCACCAGUAGCGUGUCGGCCCCCGACCUGAAGAACGUCCGCUCCAAGAUCGGCUCCACGGACAACAUCAAGCACCAGCCUGGCGGAGGACGGGCAAAAGUAGAAAGAAAGGCAGAGUCCGCCGGGGCUGCCCGAAAGCCCGAACUCAAUGCAGUAUCUAAAACGGCCCCCACUAAAACGGCUGUUUCAAAAGAGGGCGCCCCAAAGCAGCCCAAUGGGAAAGUCCAGAUAGUCUCCAAGAAAGCCAACUACAGCCACGUCCAGUCCAAGUGUGGGUCCAAGGACAAUAUUAAGCAUGUCCCUGGAGGUGGGAAUGUUCCAAAUGCCCCAAGGCCGUCUUCGGGCGUCCACUCCCAGUCGGCCACCGCCCCCAGGCCCAGCCAGGGCAGUACCCAUGUGCAGAUCCUGAACAAGAAGAUCGACCUGUCUAAAGUGUCUUCAAAGUGCGGCUCAAAGGCAAACAUCAAGCAUAAGCCAGGCGGCGGAGACGUCAAGAUUGAAAACCAGAAGCUGAACUUCAAGGAGAAAGCCCAGGCCAAAGUGGGCUCUCUGGACAACGUAGGGCACGUCCCGGCUGGAGGCACCGUGAAGACCGAGGGGGGCGAGGAGGCAGCCCCGCAGAACGGAGCUGUGACCGCCCCCCCGCCAGGUGGCAGCCCCCCCACGCAGGAGAAUGGCGUAGGGCUGCCCACGCCCGCCCAGGGUGGCGGCGGCGACCAAAGGGAAAUUCAGUGCUUCGACACUCACAUACAAGAAACAAAUUGAGUCCCACAAGCUGAUGUUCCGUGAGAAGGCCAAGGCCCGCACGGACCACGGGGCGGACCCCACAGCCUCCAACCACCCCCCUGUCUUCUCCGGCGGCACCUCCCCACGGCGCAGCACCUCGGUCAGCGAAAGCCUGGCCUCGGCCGCCUCCACCUCUCUGCAGCCGCCGCCACCGCCGCUGCCACGGCAGGCUCCCCUCGCGGAAGAGACGGCGGCCGCUCUUCCUCAGCAAGGCUUGUGACUCUGCCCCCUUCCCGCAUUCCUCCUGCCCUCCUCCCGCUCGCGAGAAGCUCGUCUCCCUUGACCCGGAGCCUGGCUUUGUUUGGCCCUGGAAAGAUGGGCUGGCCUCCCUGCCCCACGGCAGGGGACCUCUCUGGAGCGUGCCAGGCUGCCCCCGAGAGCCUCCGUGGCCCCUGGUGGUUGGUUGGUAUCUCUGGGUGCAGAAAUGGGCUCCCCGGGGGGUGUCCGAGUGUGCGUUGGAGUUGCUUUGAUUUCGUCCCGUCCUUCUUGGCUUGCUGUGUGGGGACUAGGGAGGGAACGCUGGUCUGCCCCACUCGUAGCGGAGCCCGAGACCCACAUGGGAGUUAGCGGGAGUCAGCUUUGCUGCCCUCUUUCCCCCUCCAGCAACCCCUUUCCACCUCCUUGCCCCCUCGCCCUGCGUCAUUUCGCGCUGCCUACUAUUUAAUGCUGGUCUAUAUAUUAUUAUUAUUCUCACACAUGAUAAUUUCACUCUCUUUUGGAACUCUUUUAACUCCUUAACCUCCUUCUCUCCCCCAGUCCCCAAACCCUCCUCCUCCUCCUCAUUGUGAUUUAAAAAAGUACAAUAAAGUGUUUGCCGAUUUCUGUCACUUGUUUCCGCAGGCUCACCGCGCUCCCUUCCCUUCCCCCCUUGCCCUUUGCCAUAGGAGAAUUAAAAAAAACGUUAACCGCUGCUGCAGUGCUGCUGGCUUCUUAUCGACAUAUCCAGCCAUUUUAACUGUGUUCUUUUUCUUUCGUUUUUUAUUUUUUUUUUCUUCAUUUGUGUGUGGUGUUUAUUUUUUGUGUGUGCUUAAAAAGGAAAAGGAAAAAAACUUUGAAAUGAUGGAGCAAAAAAAGGCAUUGAGCCACGUUGGUUAAAAGUUGAUGCAUUGAGAGGAGGUUGUGGGUGGUAGAGAAAUGGCGUUCGCUGCUCCCCCCCC